AUGAAUUUCACUGUAGCUUGGCCGUCAUUGCAUUUCUUAAUAGGAGGAGCCUCCUUCGUGUUAACCACCAUUGUCACUCUCCUCGACGGCUUAUGCUUGAGAUCUUUCAAACACCUAUCAUCUAAUAUCCGCUCAAUCGAGUCCGCCGUUCUUGUCCUGAACGUCGUGAGCUGCGUUGCACUAGCCGUUGCGACCUUAUCCCGGGCGACGGAUACUAAGAAUGACAAUAUAGGACAGUCGAGCGGAUGGAGAAGACGCGUGUAUUGCGUCACGGUUGUCUACUUGGCUGUAGCCAUUGGAGUAACUGCAGGCGGAAUAGCAUGGAGCACAGCCCAGGUCAUGACGGAGUCAAAGAGAAUGCCGCUGAGUUCGUCCCAGCGACUGUUGAUGAUCAUCCGUACUGUGAUAUGGGCAAUUUUUGUUCUUGUCCAGGGUCUCCUUGGUGGCCUUCUCCUGAUGAUGACGCUAGCAAAACAGAUGAGCCGCAGCAGAUGUUCAAGUUCGCUUUCCCACGAUCUUGAGACUCUCCAAGAACAGUUAGUCGUAGACUACAGGCAGGGGUCGGCAAAAUCACAGCUGAUAACUGAGUCGCGAAAAAAUUCCGCAGACCAGAAGUGGAGCUGCGAUGGAUUGACUACAACCCAGCCUUCUACUGCGUCUUUGAUCUCAAAGCGUUACUCAGGCCGGACACUGUAUCAACAGGAUUCCAAGCACGGCUCUCUCGAGUUAUAUCCACCAUUGAGUUACCCCGAAUGCGUUGUGAUGCGCGGCAAAGUCGGUCACUGCCCAAACAAACAUGACAGUUGCCCUGCUGGGACCGUUAGAGACGCUGGAUUGCGCAAAGCGCAGGAAAAUGUUCCAGAAAUCAGGUGCUCUUUGGAUACCUUGCGGCGGCAAUCCUCCUUAAGGAGGUCGACGGACACCUGGAAUUCUUUACAGUCGGAGGUUCCCAGCAGAAGUGCCCCCCCAAAGGUACAAUUGUCCGAUGAGAGCAAUAUCCACCCACUUUUUCGUUCCAACAGCCCAACCCCACCUCCUACAGCUAUGCCUGGAACUACUGUUAUUGCAUCUCCAGCAGCUGGACAAACAAUCUCUAUCAAGGCAUUGUACAGGAUGAGGUCCACUCAUUCACUGCAAUCCUAUAUUCCAAGAAGCAGGUCCCCUCUGUUUGAGCGGAUUGACCAAGCAGAUGAAGCUGUACGCCCAAAGCAAGGACCAGCUCAUAGUCGAGGUGGGCUUAACCGUGACCAGAGCUCCACAAUACCAAGCUUUGUCAUAGCUGCUGAUUUGCGGCGGAGCAUAACACAAUAUGAGAAGAGGUAUGAAUUGAUAGAAACGCCUCAUGAAAGCUAG